CAUACACAAUGGCUGCUGGAAAGAGGGGAAAGCAAACAAUUUUUAGGCCCGCCGCGUCCAGCAAAAAAUAUGAGAAAAAAAUUAUUAAAAAUCCGGGGAACAGUUGAAAGUCAAGAAAAAUACCAUAGAAAGGAUGUUAACGCUCCCACGGGCCUUGCAUCUCUGCUGUGUUGAAGAUUUGAGCUGUCACACUCUCUCUGUGCUGGGACAUAUCACUCGUGUCCACCACAUGGCUUGCUGUCACUAAUUUGCCAUGGCAACGGUAUCUCCAAACGACUGCCCCACCACGGCAGGACACUGUCGAGUGCGGAAGAGGAGAGUAGAGGGUAAAGUGAGGAAGAACUUCUCCUGUCAGUUGUGUGAGAAGGCCUUCAACAGCUUGGAGAAGCUGAAGGUACACUCGUACUCCCACACAGGGGAAAGGCCGUAUCACUGCACACACACUGACUGCACCAAGGCCUUUGUCUCCAAGUAUAAACUCUUACGGCACAUGGCCACACACUCUCCAGAAAAGACACACAAGUGCAGCUACUGCGAGAAGAUGUUCCACCGUAAAGAUCACCUGAAGAACCACCUCCACACACACGACCCCAACAAGGAGGCUUUCAUCUGCACAGAAUGCGGCAAGAGCUACAAUACCAAACUAGGCUUUCGAAGGCACCAAGCCCUUCACGCCGCACACCGUGGAGACCUCACCUGCCAGGUGUGUCUGCAGUCAUACCCAAGCACGCCCCUACUGCUGGAGCACCUGCGUGGACAUGCAGGGAAAAGCGCUACCGCAACUAAAGAAAAGCGACAUCAGUGUGAGCACUGCGAAAGGCGUUUUUACACCCGUAAGGACGUGCGACGCCACUUGGUUGUGCAUACAGGACGCAAGGAUUUCCUUUGCCAGUACUGUGCUCAACGAUUCGGCCGUAAGGACCACCUUACCCGGCAUGUUAAGAAAAGCCACGCUCAUGAGCUGCUGAGGGUUAAGGCAGAGCCCGUGGAUUUGAUGGAGUCACAAUCCUCGCCAACACCUGGGCCUCUCUCUCUGAGGUAUCCAAUAGGUCAUGCUUCUUACUCACCAACGCCGCCACUGAGGGCGGAGCUUGAAAGUUAUCUCUUAGAGCUACAGGCUGAAGAUACACCCAAGCUGAGUGCUGGUCAAUGUACGCUAAUGUGUUUGUGUCCAUAG